CUAGGCACGGCUGCACUGGACCGCAGCAGGAAGCAAGUACUCUAAGCUCCAAGAGAAAGAAGCUAGCUCCACCCAGGGAUUAUAUGGGGGAGACUAGAAGGGAGCCCAAAGGUCACUCUUGGGAUCACCUGGUCACUGAUACCUCCUGGGUAACAAUCACAUGACAUUACUCCUAAAGAUACAACACAUUUUAUUAUACAAUACACUGCAGAACAUAUGUACAGGGGGGAAACAGGUGCAAGGAGCCCUGGGGACUCUGAAAAAGGCUGCCUGACAGUGCAGCAAAGGUACGGGGUAACAUCUCCUGGACUGGGCCACCACAAAAGCAAGGGGCCUUCUCAAGGGAUUGCAGACGACUAAAAUUUUACUGUCAUACACUCCAUGCGAUAGUAAAAAUAAAAUAGGAGAUCUCAAAAACGAAAGGGGGUUAAAAAUAUAAAGAGUAAAGAAAGGUUUUAAAAAGAUGUAAAAAAAAUGAAAUAAAAAUUUACAAGAAACAAAAUCAUUUUACUAUUUUACUAUAAGAAAAAAAAAGUAAUAUAAUUGGUAUGCCCAUGUGCAAAAAUAUCUGAACUAUUAAAACAUACAAUAGUUUUUUCUGUAUGGUGAAUAAGUACCCCCCAAAAAAGACAGAUUUGUAAUUUUAUUUAGCAAAAUAAAAAUAAUAACGUGAACAUUACUACACAAUAGACUAUGGAAUAGAAUGAAGCAAAACCCCUUCAAAAUAUCAUCACUUUAGUAUUUUUCUAUCUAUUUCCCCAAUUAUUUUGUUUGUUUCAAAAUACAUUAUAUAAACAUUACAUAAGGUUUUCAGGUUUUAUACAUAUCUAAUUAUUUCCAUGUAGAAUGUGUGUGUUCAGUUAACUGUAAAUAAUCAUUUCAGGUUUGUCCGCACACCACACCAGAUUUGUUGUAGAAAUUUUUGUGACUAAAAAUCUACUAACUGCGAGCCAAAUUCAGAUGGAUAGUCGUGGGAAUUUUCUGCAGCAAAUCUACCGCCAGUGAAGCUACCCUUUUACUUUUCAUUGCAUAAUCAAUGCAUAAUGGGAUCCGUAAAUGAUCUUGGCAACCAAAUGAGACAAUAUCUACUACUUAAUAAAGAAGUUAAUCUCCGGAAGAACUUGAAAAAGGCUCAACUAAAUGCCCCAUUACCUGAGAACCCAAUGGGGAAGCUGAAACAUAUCUACCUCAUCUUUCUAGAUGCCAAAAUUGCCAGAGCUACGAGUUGGAAGGCUCAGUCUAUUCCUUUCUAUCUGGUAAGAUCAAAAAUAAACUGGAUUAUGACCAAUGAUAAAUUGACGAGAAUCCUCCUGGACUCCCAAAAUGCUUUUGACAUCACCUGGCUGCCAUGGAUGGAGUAUUUAAGCACUCUUUCCCUUAGUCUUUCUCUUAACCUGAUAUAAAUUUCUUAUAACUGAAGUACUCUCUCCUCCCCCUUUUUUUUUUGUUUUCUCCCCGUCCCUUGUUUGUUGGUCUUGUUCAAUUUUCCUCGUCUGCCUGUAUUUUUUUUUUCCUCCUGGGGUCCCGGAGUUUCUAUGUUUAAGACAUUUUACUUCGCUUAUCAGCUUUAUUGGACCUUUCAGGCAUAUUUUAACUGCAUUACACCUAAAGAUAUUCUUAUCCUAUGCUAUCUUCUAUGGUACAAUGUCUGAACCAGGAGUGGUCUUUUUGUUGUUUUUAGGAAGGUUGUUCAAGAACUCUGACUUCCUAGCAAUUGCUACCUCUUUUUCUGUUCUUGCAUUUUGACUAUAUUUUGCUUACCAUAUUACUGUCCAUGUUGUGUAUUCUGAUGUUUAUAGAAAACUUCA